ACCUUCUAAAGGCCUGUCGGACUUAAUGACUCCUUUGCAGCUGUUUGAGAAAGUUAGCAAUAUAAAGCUUCCAGGACCAGAAGAAUCUGCCAUUACCAUGAUAGAUGAAUAUGAGAAACACCAGGAGCUGUGGCGUGAAAACAGGCAAAAUGUUGGAGACCACUUUGAACAAUUGUGGCUAGAAAUUCAAGCCGAUGAAAAGCAACAGAAACAGUCAUGUAAGAUUGAGACUGGAGAUAGUGACGAGGACAAUGCAAAUUUAGAAGGAGAGAUGGAUCAGAAACUAGGGGCUUCUUGUGAAAUUAAGGAUGUAAAGAAGAAGAGCAAUAUCAAGGUCGUAGGUGCAGAAGAAUGUGGUAUGACAGACAGUAAUGAAGUUGUGAAAAAUAAAAAUCUUUUAGCAAAAUCUAAUGAAGUUAAACUGGAGUCAAAAACUGUAACAUUUGAAUGUCCGCAGGAUGGUGUUCCUACAGAGGAAUUUCCCAGCCUUAAUAUUCCUUUAAACAAAGGCAAUUGUAAGCAACCCAGAAAGAGUAAAAAGAAAAAGAAGUAAUUAUUUCUUAAAAGUAUUCUGUUAAAAUUGAUUUUGGAACCAUUUUGAAAAAGAACGAACUGCUGAAUUUAUUUUGUGAGGUAGAGAUUUUUAGGAUCUGCAGUUAUGCUGGAACCUUUUAAUUUUGGGUUGUUAUGAAUUUAAAAGGCAUUUUGAAUUUUGGUUCUGUCAGAUGUUGAAUAUGAUGGCUAAUCUUUGUGCAUAACAGACUUUCAUUUCUGUAAAUGUUAAUAUUUUCUAGAUGGUGGGGAUACUUUAUUGGACCAUUACUGGUCAAAUAGCAACUCUGUGCAUGGGAGCAUAUGAACUUUUAGGGGUCUUAUUGAUUCACUGAUAUUGUAAUAUGAUCAAGGAAAAUAUGAACAUACAUUUUA